UAUUGUAUGUAAGUGGCAUUUGAGGUAGUUAUUUCUAAGAAUAAUGGCAUUUUAUUUGUCUAAUUUUCAAAUAUUUUGACUAUAUAAAGGUAUUAAUAUGGAGUAACCAAACACUCCAUUCAUUGUUUUCAACAUUCAACAAAAUACAUAGCAAAAAAUCUGAAUUCAUUACAAUUUUCAAGAUUCUGUUAGUUAUCAUCGGAGUAGCAAAUCCUUCUCUAGUUCAUCGGAGUUGACAUUGUCACAUGAUGUUGCAGCUCCUUGAGAUGUUGUGAUCACUUUAGUCGAGAGAGACUUGUUGAUCUCAUUGUGCUUCCAUCACUGAGUGUGUGGUUUAUAGCUUUUGUCUGAAACGUUGUUUGAAAUCACUCUACCUCUUCUUAGUCGUUCCAGAUGCAAGCAUCCGAGAGACCCCAUAUGUGUGGCAGCGUCCACGCAUUGUACAAUCAGCCAAUGCAGCAAUGCGCCCCUUACCGUGUUUUUAAGAACAACUGCAAAGAUAGUCACGGCUCACGGACGCAGCUUUCUUUUCAGGCGCAGAACGAACAAUUCUUCACUCUGGAUUCGUCACCGGCUACUGACUAUAUCGUCUAUGAUUCACCUCCUGCCUUGAGCAUCUCAUCCAAUAGGAGUCCCUUCUCUCCGCAAUGUUCGCAGUCAUACAUGUCUGAUAACGCCUGCGGUUCACCUUUGAGUCGGUAUUCAGGAGUUGAUGAUGGUGACCUGAGACACGUGCUGCGGGAGCUUGAGAAUAAGUUACUGGGGCCUGAAUCCGAUACUGACAACAGCAGCAGUUGGUCUUUCAAUGAUGUGGUUAUAAAACCGUCUUCCUUGACAAGGUGGAACCGAGUGUUGGACUUGGCCCCGAGCUUGAACUUGAAAGAGUUGCUCGAUGCUUGUUCUGAAGCAGUGUCAGAUGCUGAUAUAUCAACUGCUGAAGUUCUUAUGGACGUUUUAGAGCAACGGGUGUCUGUCUCCGGGGAACCUAUGGAACGGUUGGGUGCAUACGUGUUGGAAGGGCUUAGAGCACGACUACUAUCGACAGGAAGCAUCAUAUACAAAAAAUUGAAGUGCGAAGAACCAACUGGCUCGGAAUUAUUGUCUUACAUGCAAGUCAUCUAUAACAUGUGCCCGUACUAUAAAUUCGCUUAUAUGUCUGCCAAUGUCGUCAUCAGGGAAGCGAUGAUGAAUGAAAACAGAAUCCACAUCAUUGAUUUUCAGAUUGCACAGGGAAGUCAGUGGAUAUUCCUCCUCCACGAUCUUGCUCAUCGGCCUGGUGGACCCCCAUUUGUUCGUAUCACAGGUGUUGAUGAUUCCGAAUCAGCUUAUGCACGCGGUGGAGGACUUCAGAUAGUGGGCGAAAGGCUAGCAGAAGUUGCCAAAUCAUGUGGAGUUCCUUUCGAAUUCCAUGGUGCUGCAUUAUCAGGCUGCGAGGUCCAACUUUCGAACCUUCAAGUUAGGUACGGAGAAGUGCUGGCGGUAAACUUCCCUUAUAUGUUGCACCACAUGCCAGACGAGAGUGUAAGCACUAUCAAUCAUCGAGACCGCCUAUUAAGACUAGUUAAAAGUCUGUCUCCCAAAAUUGUGACAUUGGUUGAACAAGAAUCGAACACCAACACUGCCCCUUUCCUUCCAAGAUUCCGCGAAACUCUUGAUUACUAUACAGCAAUGUUCGAGUCAAUUGAUGCAGCUCGCCCUAGGGACAACAAGGAGCGGAUCAGUGCAGAAGAGCACUGUGUGGCACGAGACGUUGUCAACAUAAUAGCAUGUGAAGGGGCUGACAGAGUGGAAAGGCAUGAACUCUUCGGAAAAUGGCGGUUGAGACUUAUGAUGGCUGGAUUUACACAAUGCCAGUUGAGCCCAUCGGUUGGUGAGACCAUCAACGACAUGUUGAAGGAGUACAGCCCACAUUAUCGAUAUGCAGAAAGCGAAGGAGCACUCUAUCUCGGAUGGAAAAAUAGAGCUUUAGCUACUUCUUCUGCCUGGAGAUGACAUUUGUACAUGCCAUAUGAUCUCGAUAUUCUGUCUUUCGUUGAAAACUAGAAGCGCGAGUAUACAGCGCUCGAGCGUAUGAAAUACUAGGUCUGUACAUGCCAGCAUAGGGAGGAGGAAUAUGGUGUUUUUGAAAUAGACUCCAUGUCUCCACACUUGGUUAUUGUCAUUUUCUCCAAAGUUUAUAGGCUUUUUUCAACUAGGAUCUUGAGUACUUUGCUAGGGCAGCCCGGUGCAUUAAAGCUCCCGCUAUGCGCAGGAUCCGGGGAAAUCCAGUACUUUGCUAAUGUACAUGAAAUCCAGUUUCAGCCUUCUAAUUGAGCACAAAGCUUCCUGUUUA